CUGGGGGAUGAUUGUUUCGCAGUGCAGCCAGGCUACUAAAAUUGGGGUGGCGAUUCUGUAUCAGAAGGUCGUUCGAUGUUCGAUCUUCUAUCCCGGUUAAGUUCAGAUUCUUCAGAAGCGUUCAGCGUUCAGUCAAAUAAUUUUUGGCAGCAAUUCGCAGCGGUUGAUACAAGAGGAUACGUAUGUCGUGUGAAGUGUCGGUUAUUGAAGGUUGAAAGGAAUGUUAGAAAUACUGAGUUCGACUGCAUGAUCUUAUGUGCUACAAAUCCGUCGUAAGUGCAUUCACAAAUAAAUGAUGAUGGAGCAAGAGACUGAACACGUUAGUGAAGUUGCUGCUGUUAUGCCUGCUGUUGAAGAUAGUCAAAAACCCAAACCCUCUGUUGUUAAGGAUGGAGAGACUAACAAAAAAGAAGAAAAUAAAAGUGAAAACCUCCAUGACAAAACUAGCACUGAAGUAGAAGUGAUUAGAGACUAUUCCUUAAUUCCUCAUACUAAUGAACCUGUAGAAGAUGAUUCCAAAGUCGGUCCUAAUCUCAAAGUUACUUCUGAUUCUCUUUCAAUAUCUGAGAACCUAGACAGUGAUGAAAUAAAGCCAGAUAAUCAACCAGCAAGAACUAAGUUCAGCGUAAGAGACAAGAUUAGUGACCAAGAUUUGCCGAGCUCUUCACCUGCAGAUGCUGAAGCAAAUGAUAAGGAAUCUGCAUUGGAGAGCACAUACAACUCCGCCAAUGACGAUUUACAGAAAGAAGAGACAUCGUUUGUCAGCGUCAGAUUUGAUUUAGAAUCAUCGGACCCCAAAACAAACGUAGAACAGUCAAAAAGGGUUUCGAAUGUUAAUGAAAACUUUGAGCAUGCAAAAUCUGGUACAAGGAAAGAUGAUGAAAGCUCUAACUUACACAUACCAACUAAAUCUGCCAUUUUGUCAGCUGAAGAUAGUAAUCAAACACAGUCUCAAAUGGACAUUUCAGACGAAAAAAAAAAUGAUUCCCAGGAGAUCGAAAGAAAUGAAAAAUCAAAACUGGAGCUGGUGAACUCUGAUGUCACAAAUGAUGACGAAAAUUCGGAUUUGGCAUCACCUGAUAAACCAGUUACUAUGGAAGUUGGAAAUAUCUCCCAAUCACAGAUGGAUAUUUCUAAUAAGAAACAACAUGAUCCCAAGGAAAUCGAAAGAACUAAAGAAUCAGAAUUAGAUCACCUGGAUUUUAAUGCCAGAAAAGAUGCAGAGAACUCGGAUUUAUCAUCACCUGACAAACCUGUUAGUAUGGAAGUUGAAGAUCUGCCUAAGUCAAGUAAUAAUAUUCUGGGCAAAGAAGAAACUAUUACUAAGGACAUUGAGAGAAUGGAAAAGCCAGAAAAAGUGAGAGAUGAAUCUGUAGAAUUUGAAGACUCUUCUUCCCAUAUUCCUGAUGAUCUGAAGCAAACUCCAAAAAAUCCUGUAGAUGCAGAAGAGGCAGCGGUUAAAAUAAAUGAAGCUUCUCGCAGUCUUGCGGAAAGUAAUACAGACGCAAAGAAUAAAGAUUUCGAACACUUGGAUAUGAACCUUGAGAGUACCAACAAAGACCAACAAGAAAAAAAUUUAGUUGAGCCAGAAAACACAGAGUUUGUCCAAAUAUCACAAGAAGAUAAUCAAGACGAUUUGCAAAGUGAAAAUCAAUCUAUAGAUAACGCAGAAGAUCCAUUUGGUGGGUAUACUAACCCUGAAAAUCUAGAAAUGGCUCACAUGGAGACGGACGAUCUUAGCAGCGAGAUUUCAGAUUUUAAAAAAUUAGGAGACCAAGCAGACAACCUGCAGGAUGUUGUCAAAGCAAAAGAUAAUCUGCAGGAUAGAUCUGAGCAUAAUUCCAAUAAGGACAGAGCUAACACUCUUGAUACCGUCCAUACCAUCGGUACCGGAGUGGGAAUAUCAUCAAAUGAUCUUGUCGAGGAACCUGAGAAGCUAGAGAAUGCUGCUGUUGAAAAAUUUACCAAGAAUGACAAAGAUGGAGAGCUGACAGAUGAAAAUAAAAAAAAUGCGGAGGCUGGGGAUAAACCAGAAGCCAAAAAAGGAGACAAAAUUUUGCCAGCUACUAGCCUUGAUGUAUUAGAGCCUGAAGAUGUUCACUCGGAUGUUUUGCCAGGACAAGACGACGAGUUAUGUAUUAUCCCAGACAGUAUGAAAGUAAUUCUUCCUGGUGAAACAAUCAACAAAACUAAAGAAGGUGAAGAGAAUCUUGCUGGUACCGAUACAAAAGAUGUUGAGCAGGAAUCUGUAACAAGUACGGUAGAGUUGGAUGAAAUUGUUGAAAAAGAACAAAGCGUAGCUAUUCACAGUCCGCAUGUAGUUGAAAAAGAUGUGACGAACAAGACCUUGAAGAAGUCAGCGGGGAAAAGUAAAGCAAAGAAUGCCGCGAAUGAAUCUAUAUCUUCUGACGUGAUAAAUAUUGACGAGGAAUCCAAGAACUCUGAAAUUGAAGAAAUCGAAACAAAGGAAAAUUGCAAACAGUGCAAUAAGGAGAAAUCUUGUAAAAUAAAGGUGAAAGUGGGGUCAGAAUGCUUCAAUGUUUGCUCUAAAGAAUGUAAGAACAAUUUCAAGACCGCAAACAACAAGGCAACUGAUAUUCCUAGCGACGGAGUUAACUCAAAACGAGAGAAACGAUGCGCCGGCUGCCUGCUCAUUGUCGAGGCAAACGACGAAAGAAAUCUGGCAUGGGAGACCAUGGAAUUUUGCAAUGAAGAGUGCUUAGGAAAAUUUCAGACGAAAUAUGGAAGUUAUUGCAGGAACUGCAACGGCUCUGUGCAGGCGGUGAGUCUUGGAAAAUACUGCGUGAGAUUUGGGUAUGAUGUUCGACAGUUCUGCUGCUCUAUUUGCCUGGAAGAGUUUAAAAAAGGACUGAAAGUCUGCAGCUACUGUCAAAAAGAUAUCAGUUCGGGGGUCGAGGGGUUCUUAGCACCUGUCGGGGAUAAGGGGCAGUUCAAAGACUUUUGCACUCAGGACUGUAUGGAAAAAUAUUCCAGGAUGAGUUCAAGCGAGCCUCCGAUAUCAGAAAAAAAAUUUUGUGGCGUUUGCCAAGAGGAAAAAAUCGUGCACUGUGAAGUUCAAAUCGAUGGUGGGGGACCAGUGGCGAUAUGUAGCGAGCCUUGUUUUGCGGCGUUUAAGUUCGUUAAUAAAGUGGAUCCUGAUCAGUGCUCAACGUGUAAAAAGUUCUUCCAGUUGCUGAGUAAAAAAAACUUUGUGGUAUUUUAUGAAAAUGAAGCUCACAUGUUCUGUAACAAAACUUGUCUGAACGUUUUCAUAAUAACUAAUAGAAAAAUUGUUCCUUGCAACUGGUGUAAAGUAAAAAAGUACAACUUUGACAUGAUAAAGAAGGAAUUAAAGUCUGGACAAGUUAUGAUGAUGUGCAGCUUGAAUUGCCUUACACUCUACCAGGUCUCAAUCAACGCUGUUUCAGCCAAAAGGAUAAAUUGUGACUUUUGCAAGGAAUUCUCUCAAGCGCAGUACCAUUUAACGAUGUCCGACGCUACAAUUCGAAAUUUCUGUUCCUAUAAAUGCGUGAUGAAUUUCCAAAGUCAGUACACAAAAUCUCCUAUAACAAUACCCGCAAGUGACAAUCCUGUGCCAACUGGAAUACCCAAAAGAACAAUAGCUCAGCGUGCCGAAACUCAAGCUGUUCAGAAAUCGACCCGAGAUAUGCAACAAAAUAAAAACCUCCUAGUCAUAUCAAAUGUAACGAGUCUGGCAGCUUCAGGAAAUGGGCAAAACUGCAGCCCGAUGCCUCAGCAGAACGCAGUCAAUAGCGUUGCCGUGCAAAGUCAACCCCAAAUUAUCUACAAGCAACAAGUGAUCGCUAGACCUCCGAGUCCUGUCAAAGUACGCAACAAAAUCACGCAGUGUAAACCGCUCAUGCACACGAAAGGCGUUUCCGUUCGCCCCCAUCCCUGCACGAAAUCUACUCAGACUGAGGAUAAUAACCAGAUUAUAAUCCCCAUUCCCGUUCCAAUUUAUGUACCAUAUCCUAUGCACAUGUACAGUAUGCCUUUCCCAGUUCCUUUUCCAUUUCCCUUACCAGUCCCUGUGCCCAUAUUUAUACCAACCACAAGAAACAGUGCUAAGGGAAUUUUCAAAGAAAUAAAGAGAAUCCAGGAGAGGAUACCGGCAGAUCCAUUCGAGGCAGAGCUUUUGAUGAUGGCGGAAAUGGUUGCUACGGAAAAAAAGCCCAAUGAAAGCGAUACAGAUUCGGAGGAUGAUAACAGGAAUGACGUUGCUGAUGUCCCAGCAAACUCUACCAGUGACGGGUUCAGUCCGGAAGGGGUUGACGCGAGCAAUACAUUUGGAGACGACAUGCUACAAAUGGCCCUUAAAAUAGCUACUGGAGAACUAGAUGAGCCGGCGGUCGAUCUUGAGACUGCCUUAACACCGAAUACCAUAACUGCCACGCAGGCUCCACCCCAGCAGGAUACGUCGAUUGAGAAUGACGCGCCGCCAGAACGAUUGCCAUCAACCCGUGGACGGAAACGUAUGGUUCCAUACAAGCCACGAUCUACACCAAGUAAACGUGGAAGAAGAGCUGCCGCUGGGAAUCAUGAGAUUCCGCUUAUGCCACCACCUGAGCCACAACCACCGCCACAACCCAGGAUAAUGGAGCCCGUAGAAAAACCAGACGCCAAUAUGGCUCUAAAAUAUACGUUCGGAGUAAACGCGUGGAGACAAUGGGUGAUUGGAAAGAAUGCCGAACUGGAAAAACAGAGCACUCCGCAGAGAAGGGUGAAGCUAUUCAAAACGGAGCUCUUGCAAUUGACAGCGGACGAACUAAAUUAUUCCUUAUGUUUGUUUGUUAAAGAAGUGAGAAAACCGAACGGCACCGAAUACGCACCCGAUACGAUAUACUACUUGUGUCUAGGCAUUCAACAAUAUCUCUUUGAAAAUAAUCGAAUAGAUAACAUAUUCACUGACUCUUAUUACGAAAAAUUCACCGACUGUUUAAAUGACGUUGCCAAAAAGUUUUCAGUCCUGUACAAUGACGCACAAUACAUCGUUACGAGAGUCGAGGAGGAACACCUAUGGGAGAGCAAACAGCUCGGAGCCCAUUCUCCGCAUGUUUUAUUGAGCACGCUCAUGUUUUUCAAUACAAAACAUUUCAACUUGGUGAGUGUCGAUGAGCAUAUGCAACUAUCUUUUUCACAUAUAAUGAAACACUGGAAGAGAAACCCUGCAGCCCAACCUGCAGCUGUGGCCGGAAAAGUCCCUGGUUCACGUAAUGUCCUGCUUCGUUUUUAUCCUCCUCAAUCUGCGCUGGAAGCAAAUUCAAGGAAAAAAAAGGUCUACGAGCAACAGGAAAAUGAAGACAACCCUCUCAGGUGUCCGGUAAAAUUAUACGAAUUCUACUUAUCGAAAUGCCCCGAGAGUGUGAAGACUCGGAACGACGUUUUUUACCUCCUGCCCGAAAGAAGCUGCGUGCCAGACAGCCCUGUUUGGUAUUCCACGUCUCCACUUGGAAAGGAACACUUGAUAAAAAUGCUCUACAGAGUCAAAAUGGUCAAAGAAAUCAAUGUUGCUUUGUUAACUAGUUAAUAGCUCUUUCCUCCUUGGUGUUCCAUGUAUAAUGCUUUUUCACACUUCCGUUCGCGGUUUAUUUUUAUACUUUUGACAAAAAAUGAAAGCGUACAGGAGGAAAGAGUGCCACGACGUUGAGUGCGCUCUCAAAUCCCUCCGGAUAAGGGAUAAAUUAGCGUUUUCCAAUCAUUUCAAUAAAAUUUCCUUCGAUCUUUUGGGGUGGUGAACUAGCGUGAUCAUUUUGAAUGUGACGAAUUUCAUUGAUUUCUUAUUUUUCCCGACCUUGAUUUGGAUAUCGCGAGAAAUAUUCAGUUCCAAGAUUCGAUAAAUCCCACUUCCAUGGCGCUUCUUAUUGUUCGAUGGUACAAAAAACGGAGUAAAAUUAGAAAAUAUUCUGAGAGAUACGUUCGUUCAUGUUGUGAUCGGUCAUUUUCGGUAGAUUCUUAUUGAAGAUCAUGGGUGAUGAAAGGAUCAGGAUCUUGGCUGCUUGCUUGAGAUUAUAACGAUGUAAUGAUGAAACUGUAGGAUUACGUCGUACAGUACUUGUAAAACCUAAUUAUAGUGUUAAAACGAUUUUGUAUAUAAAACUGAAUCUUGACUAUAACGGA